UAUAAGCAUUGCACUGGGGCUCUUCCUUUCUGAUCCGCCAUCAUGAGUGGAGCCGCCACCACAAUGCAGAUUUUUGUGAAGGCCCUUACACGGAAGACCAUCACGCUCGAGGCUGAACCCUCAGACACUAUAGGAAAUGUAAAAGCCAAGAUCCAGGAUGAGCAAGGAAUUUCUCCUGCUCAGCACAGGUUGACAUUCGCUGGUAAGCAGCUGGAAGAUGGCCGUACUUUGUCUGACUACAACAUUCAAAAGGAGUCUCGUCUUGUGUUGAGACUUUGUGGUGGUGCUAAAAAAGGGAAGAAGUCUUACACCACCCCCAAGAAGAAUAAGCAUGAGAGGAGGAAGGUUAAAUUGGCUGUGCUGAAACACCAUAAGGUGGAUGAAAAUGGCAAAAUCAGCCGACUUCGUCGAGGACAUCCUUCUGAUGAAUGUGGUGUUGGAGUUUUCAUGGGUAGCCAUUUUGACAGGCAUCACUGUGGCAAGUGUUGUCUGACUUACUGCUUCAACAAACCAGAGGACAAGGAGUUGUGUAUGAGUUAA